AUGGCGAUCACUAAAUCACCGGCAGAGAAGUCUGAUGCGGGAUCCAAGGCAGCCCAGACCAGGGUUCCCUCGCCGCAGGCAGACCAUCGGCGUGAAGGAGUCGUGGUGGGCGAGACUGAGAGCGACGAUCUCCAAGCCUCGAUGCGCACCAUCAUGGCAAUGCAACUAAGGACCGACACCAACAUGGAAGAGGUGAGGGCGGAGGUUGAUGAGGCCAAGCGUGAUCGUGAAAUGAUCAUGCAGAUCCUCACCGGCAUGCAGGAGGUGCAGAGGCGGUUGGUGGCGGCGUUGGGCCUCGGCGGAGGUGACCGGUGCGAGGAGGCGGCGGCCAAGGCGAGCAACGCGGCGGUGGCUGACCAGCUCGCGGGCGUCGGAGGAGGGAAGCCGCCGGCAGCUUCUGCGGCGGGCGCAGCGGCGGCUGUUUCCGCUGCUGUCGACGCGGUGGCUGGGUCUGGAGGAGAGGCGACGGCGACGGCGGCAACCCUAGGGCAGGCGGGGACUGAUCGGGUGGACCUAGUGGCUGAUGGGCCUCGGGGCGGACCCGGGCUGCUACCGACCCCAACGGCGGAGGAGAUCGCGGCCCUACGCGGAAAGGCAAAGAUGCCGGGCUACGACAAUGUGGUCCAAAAUCCAUGCUUCAAGCCCAUGGGCCCGAGCCCAAUGGAGGGUGAGACGGGUCGGGGACCGCGGACCGGAGAUGGGCCCGAUCGAGCAAGUGGAGCAGAGCGGGCCAUGGUGAACCGACCGGGCCCAGAAAGCCGGACCGGACCGGGCUGGGUCGACGGCGGUCGGACCGAGCCUGGGAUGACCGAGGCCGGUCGGACCGGAGCUGGGUGGACCGACAAUGGCCGAACCAGGGCCGGGUGGACCACCAAUGGCCGAACCGGGGUGGGUCGAUUUGCAAGCGAACCUCACCGGUUCGGGUUGACUCCGGAUGGCCGACCAGUGGCUGAAUGGCGUGCACAGCUGGAGGGUUCAAGUGCAUACGGGCCCCCAUUGGCAGCAGCAGGAGACCCAGGGGGUCAGCUGGGUGGGUAUGAAGACUACCCAGGUGGAAAUGGACCGGGCUGGAGCGCAGGGGACGACGCGCGCGGACCCCGGGGCUAUUACAGGGGCUACCCCAGUGCGGGCAGGUAUGGCAGCUAUGAUCGUUAUGAUGAUGAGUAUGGAUUGGUGUUUAGGGCCAAGCCCCCGACCAUUGAGUUUCCGAAAUUCAAUGGUUAG